UUUUUUUUUUUCUUUUUCUUUUUGGGUAAAUAUUGGUACGCACUCUUUACACGCACUAAUUGCAUUAUUUCUCUGUAAAAAACAAGUCCAAUAAAAAAACAAUUUAUACAAACGAAUCUGUUGAUUGUUGAUAAAUAAAUAUAGAUAUAGAUCAUAUUUAGAGAGAAGAUAGAGAGAGUGGCCGUGCAAAUUAACGGGCACCACCCUCGAACACCAUCACCAUCAAAUUUCAUAAUUUUGAAUACUCAAUAAUAGGACAAUUUAUUUAAAAAAAAAAAACCUCCAUCCAUUUAUUGCUGAGAAGGAGAACAACUCAUCGCAGAACCGGCUCUUGUUUCCAAAAGCUUUCUCCUUUCUUGGUCAACGGGGGUGUUUGCAGGGUGGUGUUUUGAUUGAGGGAAGAUGCAGCAACAUUUAUUCAAUACAAUGCGUAGUUUGAAGAUGAUAGAUGGGUGCAAAGGAACCCAAGUGUACGCCCUUAAUCCCACGGCCAGCGGAGGUGGUGGAGCAGCCGGCGGUGGCGUGGGUGAGAAAUUCUUGCAGCAUUUGCAAGACCAUUUAAGGGUUAAUUCAAUUAGGUCGAAAUCUCAUCGGCGUUAUCAGAGUUUCUCUCAAACCAAUAAUGUGAAUCCAAGUGUUCUAGCGGAGGUUCUUGCAAUCUACGGGCUUCCCCAGUCGGAUCUCAUCGAACCCCAGAUUGAUCCGUCUCUCAAAUUUGUUGAUUUUGUGGGAAUUCUAGCCGAUGUUCAUACAAAGCUUGAGAAUUGCCCUGAAUUCGAGAGAUCAGGUGUGUAUAUGGAGCAAUGCGCAAUCUUCAGGGGAUUGCCUGACCCUAAAUUGUUUAGGAGGUGUCUUCGAUCAGCCAGGCAACACGCUGUCGAUGUGCAUUCAAAGGUUGUACUUUCAGCUUGGUUGAGAUUCGAGAGAAGGGAGGAUGAGCUGUUUGGUGUGUCAGCAAUGGAUUGUAGUGGUUGGAGUAUGGAAUGCCCCAAGACUUCAUUGGUAUCGGGGUACAAUCCCGAGUCUGCACAUGAUAUUUGUUCGUGUCAAAAUGGCUUGGAAAAAGACGGGGCUAUGGAAUCUGAUUUACAAGGCCAAGAAUGCUCGACUUCGAUUAGCUACAAUGAUGAUGAUGAAGAGGAUGAUUAUGAUAUGUGGUUCUGCAUUGGGGAUGAUGAGGUUAAAUGUAAUAGAUACAAGAUUGCUUCUCUCUCCAGACCGUUCAAAUCAAUGUUGUACGGUUCCUUCAUGGAAUCGAAAAAGGAGCGGAUAUAUUUUGCUCAGAACGGGAUUUCUGCCAAGGCGAUGAGAGCUGCAGAGGUGUUCAGCAGGAUUAAGAGCGUGGAUUCUUUCGAUCCAAAUGUUGUUUUUGAACUCCUGGUUUUGGCUAACAGGUUCUGCUGUGACGAAAUGAAAUCUGCGUGUGAUGCAUAUCUUGCAGCUCUGGUUGAUGAUAUGGAUAGUGCUGCACUGCUUGUUGAGCAUGGGCUUGAGGAGACUGCAUAUCUCCUUGUGGCAGCUUGCUUGCAGGUAUUUCUGAGGGAACUUCCAAGUUCGAUGCACAAUCCAAACGUGACUAGACUCUUCUGCAGUUCAGAGGCACGUGAAAGAUUAGCAUCGGUGGGGCAUGCUUCUUUUUUGCUCUACAGCUUUUUGAGCCAAAUAGCAAUGGAAGAAGAUAUAAAAUCUAACACAACAGUAAUGCUGUUGGAAAGGAUGGGGGAGUGUGCUACCGAGAAUUGGCAGAAGCAAUUAGCUUUCCACCAGUUGGGCUGUGUGAUGCUCGAAAGGAAAGAAUUUAAGGAUGCUCAGAAGUGGUUCGAGGCAGCUGUUGAAGCAGGUCAUGUUUAUUCGUUAGUUGGUGUGGCAAGAGCGAUAAACAAGCGGGGCCACAAGUACAAGGCGUACAAGAUGAUAAACUCCCUAAUUUCUGACUACAACCCCUCAGGGUGGAUGUAUCAGGAAAGAUCUCUGUACAGUAGUGGUAAAGAGAAAAUGAUGGAUCUUAAUACGGCUACCGAAAUGGACCCAACUCUCUCUUAUCCUUACAAGUACAGAGCUGUCUCGAUGAUGGAGGAUGACAAGAUUGGUGCUUCGAUAUCCGAGAUUAACAAGAUAAUUGGUUUCAAGGUCUCCCCAGACUGCCUUGAGCUGCGUGCUUGGUUCUUGAUUUCAUUAGAGGACUAUGAAGGAGCUCUGACAGAUGUUCGGGCACUUCUAACAUUGGACCCUCAGUACAUGAUGUUUCAUGGUAAAUUGCACGGCGAUCAGUUGGUGGAGAUUCUACGCCACCAUGUGCAGCAGUGUAAUCAAGCUGAUUGUUGGAUGCAGCUAUAUGAUAGGUGGUCUUCGGUAGAUGAUAUUGGCUCUUUAGCUGUUGUGCACCAUAUGUUGGCUAAUGAUCCUGGGAAGAGCCUUUUAAGGUUUCGGCAAUCUCUCCUCUUACUGCGAUUAAACUGCCACAAGGCUGCUAUGAGAAGUCUGAGGAUGGCUAGAAAUCACGCAGCGUCUGAGCAUGAAAGACUUAUCUACGAAGGAUGGAUUUUGUACGACACUGGUUAUCGUGAAGAAGCAAUAGCAAAAGCUGAAGAAUCCAUCUCAAUCCAGAGAUCAUUCGAAGCAUUUUUCCUAAAAGCGUAUGUUCUGUCUGAAACAACAACGGAUCAUGAGUCAUCAUUCUAUGUUAUCCAACUCCUCGAGGAUGCUCUCAGGUGCCCGUCUGAUGGUCUUAGGAAAGGACAAGCUUUAAGCAAUCUAGCAAGUAUAUAUGUAGAUGUGGAGAAACUAGAUCAUGCAGUUGACUGCUACAUGAAUGCCCUAAACAUUAAGCAUACACGGGCACAUCAGGGGCUGGCCCGUGUUUACCACCUGAAAAAUCUAAGGAAAGCUGCAUAUGAUGAGAUGACCAAGUUGAUCGACAAGGCAAGAUACAAUGCAUCGGCUUAUGAGAAACGUUCUGAAUAUUGUGACCGUGAAAUGGCCAAAAGUGACCUUAGCAUGGCAACCCGAUUGGAUCCUUUAAGGACAUAUCCUUACCGAUACCGGGCUGCCGUAUUGAUGGAUGACCACAAGGAAGCUGAAGCAAUAACAGAGCUGACAAAAGCAAUAGCAUUCAAGCCGGACCUGCAGCUGCUUCAUCUUCGUGCAGCAUUCCAUGAUUCAAUGGGUGAUUACUCAGCCACACUCAGAGACUGUGAGGCAGCCCUUUGUCUUGAUCCUAAACACACUGACACUAUUGAACUUCAUCAAAAAGCACAAAAACGGGCCGACGAACAACCUAAGUGAUAAACAGAGAGCAAUAUUUGGUGGUGGAGGAUACUUUUAGUAUUCUUGUGCAGCUAUAUUUUUAUCAGCUGUUGCCAUUUUAUUGCACGACUCUCUCGGAGAUAGAUGGAUCCAUUUUCUCCUCUGAGCUUUGCUCUUAGAACCAUUGUGCUUGGACUGGUCAUCAAUGAUCAUCUGCCAAAACCAAUUAGGUGAAAUUGUAAAAAAAAAAAACGAAGGGGGAAGAGAAGAAAAAGCUGAUGAUGCCCUGUGAACCCAUUAUACACACUUCUUUUUUAUUUUUGUUUAUUUUUGUUUAUUUUUAUUUUUUUCGUUUUCUUGGCAAUGGUAAAUGGAUGAGCACACGUGGCAUUCAGUAAAAACUGAUGAUACUAAAUUUAUGUUUCAUUUGAAAGCAAGUGAUUCACCACCUUUUAGAAGUAAAUAUGUAGAUUGAAUUACAAACUGUGAUCAGACUAUCUAUUUCUUGUGUUUUCCUCCUGGUUGA